AUGAGCUACACACCAAGAUCGGCGGAUGUGUACGCGUACGACCCAGCUCUACCACCAACCAAUGCACCAAUUGUAUCUGGGGCGACCGCACUUUACUAUGGGAACCGGUUAGACCAUUCAUUGAUCAACCCAAACCAAGUCCGCAAGUUCAGAAUUCCCCUAUGGGAUAAUCCGUUUGAUGAGAUGAGGAAUAUUGGCAUCGAAACCAAGCCGAUAUUCGUUGCACUCAAGGCAAAGGGGACAAAGUUACUAUUUGAUUCAAGGGCCCCAACUGAUCAAGAACUUGCAAAUUGCCCCCACAUUGAUAUGACAAGCAAAGUGCCUUGGAACCCAGAUACCGUACAACUUGGAAAAAUCUCAAUAGUCCACGAAGACCCAAUAGAUGACCCAAGAUCCAACGAAGCUGAAUUGAGACAAUUGGAUCCAAUCAUGCAAGGAAUGAACGAAUGGCGCACGGUACAACAGACAAUAGUCAAUGGGGAGAGAUUCUUCCAACAAGUUGGACAAAUGGACGAUGAUGCACAAUUCGCAGACGUACCUGUGAGGCCGUCCUUUGUAUCCACGGAACGACACACCAAAGCAACAGCAGAAAACCUAUCUGAACGACUAGGAAUCGGUUUUAACAGAGCACGCGCCACGUAUGCCGGACGCAAGUCUGUCGGACAAUCUGUAUCCACACAAACAGGAAAAGAUCCUGUACAAGUGGAAUAUUGA